AAGCGGUAGCGGCGGCGGCGGCGGCGACAGAGCCGGUGUGAGGUGGAAAAGUGGGCUGCAGACCCAGCCGGAGCGCGGCAAGAUGGAGGUGACCGGGCUCUCGGCGCCCACAGUGACCGUUUUCAUCAGCAGCUCUCUAAACACCUUUCGCUCCGAGAAGCGGUACAGUCGCAGCCUCACGAUAGCUGAAUUCAAGUGUAAGCUAGAGCUGGUGGUGGGCAGCCCUGCCUCUUGCAUGGAACUGGAGCUGUACGGAGCUGACGAGAAGUUGUAUGGGAAGCUGGAUCAAGAGGAUGCACUACUGGGCUCCUACCCCGUUGAUGACGGCUGCCGCAUCCAUGUCAUUGACCACAGCGGUGCUUGCCUUGGGGAGUAUGAGGAUGUAUCCAAGGUGGAGAAAUACCAGAUCUCACAAGAAGCCUAUGACCAGAGGCAAGACACAGUCCGCUCCUUCCUGAAGCGCAGCAAGCUAGGCCGAUACAAUGAAGAGGAGCGGGCACAGCAAGAGGCUGAGACCACCCAGCGCCUCGAGGAGGAGAAGGCCCAGGCCAGUGCCAUCCCCGUGGGUAGCCGCUGCGAGGUGCGGGCGCCUGGGCAGCCCUCUCGCCGGGGCAUCGUCAUGUAUGUAGGACUCACAGAUUUCAAGCCUGGCUACUGGAUCGGCGUCCGCUUCGAUGAACCACUAGGGAAAAACGAUGGCAGUGUGAAUGGGAAACGCUACUUCGAAUGCCAGCCCAAGUAUGGUGCCUUCUUCAAGCCGUCAGUUGUGACCGUGGGGGAUUUCCCUGAGGAGGACUAUGGGUUGGAUGAGAUGUGAUGCUCAAGGAAGGGCAUCCUCUUGAUCCAGCUAACUCGCCCACUUAUUUGCCCCUCCCUUUGUAUGCCCAUGGCUCCCUUCCCCUGACCCUGUUUUUAUUUUAUUCACUUUGUACUUGCCAUGGAUUUUUGAGACUUGUGUAUUAAAUUUGCCAGACCUAGCCCUGGCCGAGUAGCUCAGUUGGUUAGAGGGCCAUUCCCAUAUACCAAGGUUGUGGGUUUGAUCACCAGUCAAGGCACAUA